UAAACAUGAAGCUUGUGGUUAAUGGUAAUCAAAUUACUUUGUAAACCUUAAGCGAGACAAGUGUCAUUGUUUUUACAUUUCAUUUUACUGCUGAAAUGGUUGCUGGGUUUCUUGUAUGUAUUUUAAAGGGCAGCUCCCAGUUAGCUACCCCAUGGGGAAGGGUUAUCAAACUCCUUUUUUUUUUUUUUUUCCAUCGGCUACAUUGUAGUACAGUAAUGGCCUCGGAUGGCUGUUUUGACUGUGAGCCCGUACAAAUGUAUGGUUGGCUCGUUAUUAUGAGAAAUUGAUGGAUAACUAAUGAGUGAGCAAAAAAAAAAAACAAUUACACUUUUAAAAUGGGGAUUAGUGACAAAAAUACUAUUAAAAGUAAAGACAAAUUUUAAAUUUGGUAUGUUAGCAAGAAACCUCUCAAUGCACGAUAUGCAUAUGAUCUACUUGCGCAGGCUACAUAAAAUUAUGUGGUGGGCCUGAUUUAGCCUCCAGGCCUUGAGUCUGAUACGUGUACUUUAAGAUUUUAAUUAAAUGCACAAGGACGGAAAUUGAAUCACCAGAAAGGGAUCACUUUGGUUUUCUCAGCAUGUUGCUGAUUGGCUGCUCCAACAUCUCUCCUGGAUAGGAAAGGAAGGUUUAAACCAGUUAUCAAUUGCCUGCUUUGUAACGAGCUACAAAUUGGAAAUGAGCAUGUGCACUGAGUGGUCCCCACGCCUCAGCAUCAAUAAUUUGUAUUUCCACCUUCAUCCUGAGCUAUAGGGCUUGUUUCUUGGGGACUGCUUUUGUGGUAAAUUCAGCAGGACCAUUGUAGCUUAUACCCCUGUUUUGUAGUGUGAAUGGAAUCUAAAUCCAGUACAAUUAUGUGUUAUGCAAAGAGUCUACUGUGAUCAUGGUGGUUUGUCCUUAAGGUACUAUAGACAAAGCAACGAAGAGAAUUGCAGGGUUUACAUCGUCCAAAUAAUGGGAAGCACAGAUUCCAACAGCUGCAGAGCAAACACUGACGCGAACAUGGUGAAGAUCACUUUCCAGCCUGUCGCGGGCCAGAAAGAAGGCAAAGAGAAUGAUGGGGGCAAGAACGAAAUCCUCAUUCCCCAUCCGAUGGAGGAUGAAGAUGAGCUCGUCCUACCAUUGCGCUCCAAGAAGUCUCCUCUCAACGGGCUGUGCUGCCUGACGUUUGGUCUGGUUGUCUUCAUGGCCGGUCUGGUCCUCGCCUCCAUCUAUGUGUACCGCUACUACUUCAUACCUCACGCCCCAGAGGAGAACUUGUUCCAUUGCAAGGUGGUUUACGAGGACUCCGUGUACGCACCGCUGCGUGGGCGACAGGAACUGGCGGAGAACGUGGGCAUUUACUUGGCCGACAAUUAUGAGAAGAUCACUGUGCCCGUACCUCAUUUUGGAGGCAGCGAUCCUGCUGACAUCAUCCACGAUUUUCACAGAGGAUUGACUGCUUACCAUGACAUUGCUCUGGACAAGUGCUAUGUGAUUGAGCUCAACACCACCAUUGUUAUGCCCCCACGCAACCUUUGGGAACUGCUUAUCAACGUCAAGAAAGGAACAUACCUGCCUCAGACAUACAUAAUUCAUGAAGAGAUGGUAGUGACCGGCAAAGUGCACAACAUGCGCCAGCUGGGACCGUUCAUCUACCACCUUUGCAACGGGAAGGACACGUACCGCUUGAACCGCCGUGUCUCCCGCAGACGCAUCACCAAGCGAGAGGCGAAGGACUGCCACAGCAUUCGUCACUUUGAGAAUACGUUCGUGGUGGAGACGGUUAUCUGUGAUAAAGUGUGAGCAGGAUAGAGUGUCACCCAACCCUCACCGCCCCACCUAAGGCAUAUCCCAGUGACCACCCCAGCUACUGUAGCACCCUGUGGAUUUGAUCAUGUGCACUUUACCGUUCAUUUAAUGUCCUAUUUGCUUCUCCACCCCUCCGCGCUUAUUUGUCUCAACAGAUGAUGCCAUAAUCCGCUGCUGGUUCUCACAGGAUUUCCAUGUAGCCGAGGCUUUUGGCGUCUGUCCUUCGAGACUUCUAUGAUGGUUACUGUUGUUAGGUGAGACGACUGUCUCCAUGUUGUCAAUGUGAUUUCCCCCCCCCCGCCCCCCCUCCUUCUCUGGAAGCUUCUUACCUGUAUUUAGUAACAUGCUUAGCUGCAGAAAAUGGGAAGUUCUUCUUUUUGGCUCAUCAUGUCGCUUCUCCAUCUCUGUACUGUAAAAUCAAACUCAUGAAAUAUUUGCUUGCAUUUUUUUGGUUCUGCUCGUGCAUAUUUAAUUUUCCGGUAAAAGGAACCAUGUGAUAAAGAAGGUAUCGCUGGGCAUUAUUUGGCACAAACUUCACCACUGGAAAAAGUCAAGAGCCAUAAUUAGUUCUAAUGCCCAUAAUUUUAUAAAUGUAAUAUAUUAAAAUCAAUCCAUUUGCAAAUUAUUUAGAAUAGUACUCUGUUUCCUCCCUUGCAUGUGUUUUAGCUAUUUGAUAAACUGUUUUGUAAGAUGAAUAACGCCUUAGUCCAGACUCAAAAGACUGGACUAAUGUUAUUGCUACUAUAACAGAUGGGUGCAUAUUAUUUGAUGUUAGAGAAAUAAAAUAUCUGUAUAUAUCUGCCUAUGGGAUCUUGUCUGUGAAUAAAGUUUAAAACAUC